AUGUCCCAGUCUCAGACGCCCGGACUGGACACGCUCGCAGAGGGCUCCCAGUAUGCGCUCGAGCAGCUGCAGCUGGCUCGUCAAGCUGGCGCGACGUCCAAUCCUUCGACCGAUCCCGACAUCAAGCCUCUCACCGAUCCCGAGUCCUUACAAUCACAAGCUCACCACCUUUAUCCCAAACAAACCCGCCCAGCGGAUGGCUCAAAGGGCGCUAAACAGCAACGCGAACCCCAAGCUGAAGCGCGCUCGGCCAUUCGGAAGGACUCGUCAUCCAAUCCAGUUCGCAGGAGAAUUAGCCGAGCUUGCGAUCAGUGCAACCAGUUGCGCACGAAAUGCGACGGGCAACAACCAUGUGCGCAUUGCGUUGAAUUUGGACUCGGCUGUGAAUAUGCCCGGCAGCGCAAGAAACGCGGGAAGGCCUCCAAAAAGGACCUUGUAGCGGUAACCGCUACCAGCUCUGGCAGCGACAGGGGUCUCAAUGACAGUGCAUCUGGCCAAAUCGAAUCACCAAAUGGGCAAACCGUGCAUGAAGUAAAUGGUUCUUACGAUCCGAGUUUCGACGCUGCCAGGACACUGACCGAUUCGGCGCAAGCACAUUUACGCAAUGCAGGAGUCGGCAAAAUGCAAAAUCAGCAUCCAGCGCCUGUCCAUGCGCAGGCCGUUGGCUCCAGCAUUGAUGGAAUGACUAUGGACUAUGGAAGCGUUCCUGACACUAAUCGGCCCCCAAUGUCUGUUCCCGAUCUUCGCUCCAUGAAUAUGAUGCACCAUUCGAACGGCCAUCCUCGAUCUCCCUCUGCAAUGCUACAAUCUCAAGGAUUUGGGUCCGGAUAUAAUGAUAAUGCAUACCCCUUGAUGAACUCGCAAGAGGCGAACACGGCCUCGAUGAACCAAUUUCGCUUGGGCGGCUCUGGGGAAAACCCAUCGACAUCAUUUCUCGGAUUCUCUCCUCCAGCCCAGUCACCCAGCUGGCUCCCUCUUCCGUCUCCAUCGCCAGCGAAUUUCCCCUCUUUCAGCAUGGCUCCAUUUUCCAGUUCUUUACGAUAUCCUGUCUUGCAACCAGUUCUUCCUCACAUCGCGUCUAUAAUUCCUCAAUCGCUUGCUUGCGAUCUCCUGGAUGUAUACUUCACCAGCUCCUCAUCCUCACACAUAUCCCCCUUGUCACCAUAUGUUGUUGGAUUUGUCUUUCGCAAACAAUCGUUCCUUCACCCAACGAAACCGAGACAAUGCAGUGCAGGUCUUUUAGCUAGCAUGCUGUGGGUGGCGGCACAGACGAGCGAAGCUGCAUUCUUAACGUCGCCUCCGUCAGCACGAGGACGGGUAUGCCAAAAGCUACUUGAGCUCACGAUUGGGUUGCUGCGACCUCUCAUACACGGCCCUGCCACUGGAGAAGCCUCGCCAAAUUACCCGGCAAACAUGGUCAUCAACGGUGUGGCCCUUGGAGGCUUUGGUGUGUCGAUGGAUCAGCUAGGCGCACAGUGUAGCGCAACUGGGGCCGUCGAUGACGUCGCGACUUAUGUUCAUUUGGCAACUGUGGUCUCGGCAAGUGAGUACAAGGGAGCUAGUAUGCGCUGGUGGACUGCAGCGUGGUCACUCGCGCGAGAGCUCAAACUUGGUCGCGAAUUGCCAUCGAACACGAACCGCGCCGAUGGCGAAUUGGAAGGUGAAGCGGAGAUGGGCUUGAAUGGAAGCAAGAGACAAGCACCAUCACUUUUGAAUUCCAUGGGCCCUGGCCCUGGAAACUCCGCGGUAAAUUUGACCGAAGAGGAGCGAGAGGAGCGUCGACGUAUUUGGUGGUUACUAUACGCGAUGGAUCGCCACUUGGCGCUCUGUUACAACCGCCCAUUGACUCUCUUGGACAAGGAGUGCGAAAGCCUUUUGCAGCCGAUGAAUGACGAUCUCUGGCAGACGGGCGAUUUCUCAGCUGCUGGCUACCGACGUGCUGGCGCAGCAUUCGAAUGCACCAGCCAUAGCAUGUUCGGCUACUUCUUGCCACUUAUGGCUAUCCUCGGAGAAAUACGGGGAUGGGAGAUUCAAGCUAUGGAAAUCACCCGUCAGCUCGAUGUGUACGCGCAAAGUCUGAAAGAGUUUGAAGCUCGCUACACUGCCAUGGCACUAGGACCCGGUGACAAUGAUACCGCAAUGGAUGGAAGUCACGUCAACCAUGUCAGUCCCUCUGGUCGCUCAAGCAGUACGGUGGGAUCUCACGCGACCGGAAAUAUCGUACAUACAAAGAUGGUUGUUGCCUAUGGCACCCAUAUCAUGCAUGUUCUCCACAUCCUGCUUGCUGGUAAAUGGGACCCGAUUAACCUCCUCGAUGAUAACGACCUCUGGAUUUCCUCAGAGUCCUUCAUUUCAGCAAUGGGUCAUGCUGUCAGCGCUGCCGAGGCAGCUGCUGAUAUCCUUGAUUUUGACCCAGACCUGAGUUUCAUGCCCUUCUUCUUUGGAAUCUACCUUUUGCAGGGAAGUUUCUUAUUGCUCUUGACGGCGGACAAGUUGCAAGGUGACGCUAGUCCAAGUGUUGUCAGGGCUUGUGAGACGAUCGUGCGAGCGCACGAAGUGUGCGUGGUGACUCUUAAUACGGAAUACCAGAGAACAUUCCGAAAGGUGAUGCGGUCGGCUCUUGCUCAAGUUCGUGGCCGCGUGCCUGAAGACUUCGGUGAACAACAGCAACGUAGACGCGAGGUACUCGCUCUCUAUCGUUGGAGUGGUGAUGGCAGUGGCUUAGCUCUUUAA